AUGUCAUCUGGGGACCGUCGCAUCAAAUUUGCGCUUUUCGGCCUGGGACGCCUGGGAGUCCUUCGAGCCCGCAUCCUCGCCUUCCAGCAGCCUCGGAUCGAACUCGUCGCCGUCUGCGAUACAAAGCCAGGCACUGACAAAUGGGCUGCAGAGAAUCUGCCCCUGUCUGUCAAGUAUUUUUCAGAGCCUCAAGAAUGCUUGAAGAACAGCGGCGCUGAGGCCGUCCUCAUUUGCACCGCGACAGCUACACACGCGCCCUUGAUCCUGCAGGCCCUUGAUCUAGGCUUGCACGUCAUGUGCGAGAAGCCCGUCUCCGUGGACAUCGCUACUACCAAGGCAGUGGUCGAGAAGUCUGCUUCUAGGCCUGACCUCAAGUUCCUUGUUCCGUUCACUCGCAGAUAUGACAAGUCCUACCGCCAGGCUAAGGCCCUGAUCGAUAAUGGAGACCUGGGUGAAAUCCACGCUGUUGAGACGACUGGUAUCGAUCAAGCAGACCCCAAUGCCUUUUUCGUGUCUUUUUCUGAGCAGUCUGGCGGCAUCUUCCUUGAUUUUGGCAUUCACACCGUCAGUCCCAGUCGACGCCGGUCGAUACCUAUUAGAUGUAAGUCAGGCCUCUCCAAUCCCAAGAAGCAAGUCAACAGAGUCAUCGCCUUCGGCCAGCUGGCUGUCUAUGGGGACUUAGCCAAGUAUGGCGACGCCGACAACGCAUGGGGCCUGGUGGAAUUUGCCAAUGGCAAGAUUUUCAAGACUUACCUCGGUCGCACGCUCACCAGCGGUUUCGAGGACACGACUCGGUUGUGUGGCACCAAGGGACAUUCGAUCAUCAGCGCUAACUCGAAUGUUGAGAUUCGCGACCAUUUCGGCAUUCGCACACAAUCUGUGCCUGAUGCGUUCACUCUCUUCGAUGCGACGUUCCUGGCUGACCUUGCUGAGUUCGCCGAUGCGGUGCUUGAUAACAAGCCCUUGACUUGUCAACCAGAGGAUGCUUUCGAGGCGGGCAAGAUCUGCGCUGCUCUACAGUACUCAUUCCGCAAGGGUGUGCCCGUAUACUUCGACGACAAUGGUCUACCUAUCAUGGAGUAA